AUGUUCACACAGGAGCAAAUCGAUGUUACAAUUAUGCCAAAGAACGGAGAUUGUCGCUUACACUUUGAACAUAUAAUCUCUGUUACUCCGGAAGAAAGUGAAUGGGAAAAGUUUGUUCAGAUCGAAAUAUCUGGGAAUGUGAUGAAAUUCCGGAGACAAACAGCAAAGGACCAACAAGUGGCUGUAUACGACUGUAAAUAUCAAAUGGAAUCUAUCAGCAAUGCAAUUUAUACACAUGUCUGUAACUUUUUUGGAAACGAUGUAGAAUAUCGGAUGCUGCAUGACCUUAUUCGUGAAGAUCAAUCAAAACCAAUUUACCAAAAUAUCACAAUCAGCAGAAUUUGGGUGGAGAAUAUAACUGUUCGAGAACUAGAUGACCACUUUUCUUCUCUCCCGAAGCAAAAAUUUAUUAAUAUUUGUAUGAGAAAUAUGAAGGGUCGUCUAAAAGAAGAUUCGAAGAUAUUUGAAUCAGAAGUGGUGGACGUUAAUGAUACUGAAAGAACAAUUGUAAUGGAUGUUCUGCGUAACUUUAACGGUCAACAAGCUACUCUUUUUACUGAAUAUUUCGAUUUGUCGGAAAUUUUACAAUUUAUGAAUAGAUGGAAGUCAAAUCAAGCAUACCAAAAUCUGAUGAAUCUAAGUCUUAUCUGUGAGAAACCUUCGUUCGAUUUAAAUGUUCUGACGGAACUGGCAGGGAUUAAGCACACAAAUUCGCAAGUGGAUCCUCCAUAUUAUAAGUAUGAGAAGAGGGUUUAUAUCAAAGAACAAAAUAUGGGAUCAGUGGUACGUUUUAUGGAUAAUCUGAAACAAAUAGAAGGAUACGUCAAGUACGUGAAAAUGAAUCAAAAAGUGAAUAUGUUGAUGAUAUUUUUUUUCACUUUGGCUGUGAAAAUUUCCGGAUUGUUGACUAUAUUUGUUCCUUCCAACAUAACAACAAGAAUGGCAGUCAUUGUAUCUUUUACGUUGAUUACUAUGUUUUUACUCGGAAGUCUUUUACUUUAUGAAUAUUGGAUUGGAGGCCGACAUAAUAAAAAAAGUCGAUACGUAGUGGUGUUAAUAUGUAAUAUUAUAGCUCUCUGGAUUUUUCGAUUUGUGACAAACGGAAUGCCUCCUAAUCUGUCAACAAUGAUUGCAUUAUCUGCUCCUUCAAUGGUUGUAUUUUAUUACUUUUCUUGGAAUCUUAUUGAAUGGUCUGUCUACAUCAAUGAAAUCGCUAUGCUACUUCCAAGUCCUAGAUCAGAAUUGAACUGCGCAACACAAUUUGAAAGAGAGGCACUACGUUCACUGGAAGCAGAACGUUUACGGGUUAUCGAGCUAUUGAAUGGAGUGGUAAACUUCGGACAGUUGGUUGUAAGCGUUUCAACAUUCAUCCUGAUCCCCUUCCUAGCUUCAAGACUGCUCAUGCCAAACCGGACACCACUCGCGAAGAUUGAAUGGCAAAGUCUACUGCCUCUUCCUCCAGAAAAAUGUGCGAAGCCAUCAGAAGAAAACAAUGAAGAAAUCGAGAUUGUUCGGCUGGCGGCCGGAAAAGAGUACGAUCUACAACCUGGUUCGCACCUCGGUGUCUACAAAACAGUUCGAGGUGUACCGAUCGACGAGGACUGCAAAAGUAUGGGAAUCGGCACAAAUAUACUAUCGAAAAUUGAGAAGAACAAAACAUCAGAUGGCCUCACUAUUCCACUCACACACAACGACCAGACGAAAUCAUCCAGAUGGUGUUCUUCAGAAAGUUUCAAAACAUUCUUCCGAACCGUCAUUCGAGAUUGGAUCUUCUUGGCUUUACUCGGAUUCAUCAUGGCGGCACUUUCAUUUGGAAUGGAUUACGCGAUCAUCAAUUUACAGAAUGGUCAAAUGCGACUGUACGAUAUCGUAAAACUGUUUCAUUGGUCACUGGGAUAUCUGGUAUGGGUUGGAUAUGUUGUUGGAUUGAUUCUACUGUCUGCUGUAUGCGCUCACUAUAUAGCACCACAAGCAAUUGGAUCAGGAAUUCCAGAAAUGAAAACAAUUUUGCGAGGAGUAAUUCUAAAAGAAUAUCUGUCGAUUCGAACUCUUGUUUCGAAAAUGAUUGGAUUGACAUUGUCACUUGGAAGUGGAUUACCAAUGGGAAAAGAAGGUCCAUUUGUGCAUGUCGCAUCAGUAGUUGCAUCUCAAUUGACAAGGCUCGUACAUGGAUCGAAUGUUGGAAUUUAUGAGAAUGAAUCAAGAAGUGGAGAGAUGUUGGCUGCUGGAUGUGCUGUCGGAGUCGCUUGCACUUUCUCUGCACCUAUAGGUGGUGUUCUCUUCUCGAUUGAGGUCACUUCGGUUUACUUCGCUGUUCGAAACUACUGGCGUGGAUUCUUUGCGGCUACAUGCUCUGCCACGAUUUUCCGGAUUCUAAGAAUGUUUUCCGCGUCGGCAGCAGUCACUGUCGAGGCACAUUAUCAAACGAACUUCCCUCCACAAAACGUGUUUCUCCCACAAGAACUUCCUGUUUUUGCAUUAGUUGGGUUAAUAUGUGGACUCGCGGGAUCUCUAUUCGUAUAUCUUCAUCGAAGAACAGUUCUAUUUCUGAGAAGAAAUUCUCUUGCGAAGAUGAUUUUUCAAAAAUACUGGCUCCUAUAUCCAAUCUUCAUCGCUUUCUUCAUUUCUUCACUAUCAUGGCCAUCUGGAUUAGGAAAACUGAUGGGUGGACAGGAGAGAUUCAGUCACACAAUGAAGGAAUUCUUCGUUAACUGUGCUUGGACUGCUUCACCGAACAACUCAUAUGCAUGUGCUCCACCAGUUAACAUGACACCUGUCUCGGGUGAUAACUUCGACAUCCGACACUGGACCGGACAGGGAGAAGAUACCACGAUUCCAGCUCCAUACUCUCCAUUCGUCACUCUUUCCAUCUUUCAGUUCGUUUAUUUCUUCCUCGCUAUCUUGGCAUCCACACUACCCGUCCCUUCUGGAAUUUUCAUGCCAGUGUUUGUACUGGGUGCAGCAUUUGGAAGAUUGGUUGGAGAAGGAGUAUUCACAUUAUAUCCUGAUGGAUACGAAAGUGGAGAUGUCAUGUUCUUCAUACGACCCGGUGUUUAUGCUGUCGUUGGAGCAGCCGCAUUCUGUGGGGCUGUGACUCAUACCGUAUCGGUUGCUGUUAUUGUUUUUGAAAUUACAGGACAGCUGUGUCAUCUGUUACCAGUCAUGAUUGCUGUGUUGAUAGCUAACGCAGUCGCUUCGUGGCUUCAACCUUCCAUAUACGACAGUAUUAUCCGGAUAAAGAAUCUUCCAUAUCUACCGGAUAUUCCUCAUACAACUUCUCUCUAUCAUCAAAUGCUUAUCGAGCAGUUUAUGAUAUCACCGGUUGUGUUUAUAGCUAAGGAUUCAACGGUUGGAGAUGUGAGGAGAGCGCUUCAAACGAAAACCAGAAUCAGAGCUUUCCCAUUAGUUGAAAAUCUAGAUUCCCUAGCACUUGUCGGCUCAAUAAGUAGGGGACAGUUGCAACGAUAUGUCGAUUCGCAUAUUGGAACGAAGGCAAGGUUUGCUGAAGCGACUCGACGAGUGAAGCAACGAUUAGAAGACGAAGAAAGUGAGAGGAGAAGGAAAGAAGAGAGUAAAUCAGAUGAAACGGCGGAUAGUUUAGCAUCGAAAGGAGCUGGAGAGAGGAGAGCUAGCCGAUUCCUGGUUGUUCCUGUCGCGAAAAAUGGAUCACAAGUGACAAAGAAUGAGAAUUUGAGCGGUUUGAGUGAUGAAAAUGCGCGGAAGAUUCUGACAGUUGAAGAGAAAAAAGCGCUGUUCGAUGCGGUGUCUCUGAAAGUACCAAAAGGAGAAAUGAACGGAAGAACGGUGACAACGGGACAUAUUGAAUCUCAUCAUACGAUUGGAGAUAUCUUCCGUUCAAUAACUCAUCUCAGCUUUGGAAGACAAAAUAUUCCGAAGAAAAACAAUCAAAACGAAUUUGAUUUGUAUGGAGGAGAGCGCGCUGAAUGGGAGGAAUCGGUUCUUGAAACGAAGCUCGAUUUGAGUCAACUGGAUAUCGAUUCGACGCCAUUUCAACUCAGUGAAUACACAAGUCUUUUCAAAGCACAUUCACUUUUCUCACUUCUCGGUCUCAAUCGUGCAUACGUGACGAAAAAAGGACAAUUGAUUGGCGUCGUUGCUCUCAAAGAGCUUCGAUUCGCUAUGGAAUAUCUUCAAGCUGGAAAAGAACCGACACCUGGAAUAAGUAUAUUCACAGAUGCUUCUGCAGAUCAAACUACUUUUGAGAAGAGUGGAAGAAUCGAAUCAGGAAUGGAUUCACAGAAUCCCACAUUUUUGACAGAUAAUGGAGAAGAAGAUGCCAGUGACGACUAUAUUCAACCACCUCUAGAAGUGGUGCGACGAGGGGCGCUUACCCCGAAUCAACUCAGUGAAUUGAAUAGAGUAGAGAAUGUUCGACUGGUACCGGAUUCACCAAACUUCGAAGUCAGUUCACCGUCUACAAGUUCUUCUUGCGUUAGCAUAGACUUGUCACCUUUGGAUACAACAUAUUCGGAUAAUGGAAGUGUCGGUGGACUCGUAUUGAAUGUGCCUUCAUUGCCGUCGAGAGCGAGGUCUGCGGCUGAACUGAAUGGUCGAAAUUCGCACGUGCAAAUCAACUUACCCGACAACGCCGUUCAUGACGAGAAGUUUUGA